UUAAUGCUAAAAAUAUGAAUGAAAAUCAAGAUAAAUCGGAAAAUUUAAUGAAAUGGUUGAAAGAGACGCCAAACAAUAAGAAAAAGUCAGCAACAAACACAGCCAUGCAAACAGUAAAUACAACAACAAAAACAGGAUCUGUUGAUAGCGCGCAAGAUGUAGAAGAAGAGUUUAGGAAUGUUACAACAACAAUUGUACAACAACCACCAAACAAGUUUGGUUUAAAUACGAAAAAGGUUUCAGGAAAACCGCUACUACCAGGAGUCACAACUCAUAUUGCAAGAAUAUCCUAUGGAAGAAGUGAUGCCAGUAAACGAAAUACAGAAAAGACGUUGACAAAAGAUUUCAGUAAUACAGAAAGUGUGUUGCAGCGCAAGGGGCAAAAGGAGAACAAAUUGAAUUUGGACUUGAAUGCCAUGGAAUCAUCUCGUUCCUCUCAAUUAUUAGAAGAUUUUGCCAAGAAAAAACAGGAGCGCGAUCAAGAAAUAAUGGAAAUACAGGAAAUGUUGAAUAAAAUUAAAUCGCCACAAAAGAAUAGCGCACGUUCGUCACAGAAUUCUCCUAAGGAUAAUGAAGAGGUGGCUUUGUCAACAAAAGCAAAUGUGGCUGAGGCUGUUAAGGAUACAAAUAACCAGGUUAUGGCAAAAAUUCCAAGCUAUCGACGCAGUAGAACUGAGUUAGAACUGAAUAAGAAUGCAGCUGUUACCGAGUCGUCUAAAAAUACCAGACUGACACGAAAAGAUACAGCAAGAUCUGGUUCAGAAGUUGUUGCCAACAAACCCAGAUCUAAGUCUUCACAAUUGCCCUUAAGUGCCAAGGAAAAACAAGCAACCAAGAAAAUAAGCUACAAUCCAGAGGAAGCACGACGUUAUAUGGACAUGCAAAAAAAGCAACGCAAAAUAAACUUAUUCAAUGAUCCAGCGAUUAAGUCCCGAAUAGAAAAGGAAGAAAUUAAAAAAAGAUUAGAGGAACUUAAGAAAAAUACACGCAAGCUGGUGUCUAAAAGUACACAAAAGAAAGAAAAAACUAUGAAAAAUAAUUAUUCAAAGAAGGAACCAGAUGAAAAACUUUUAGCAAAACCAAAACCUCAGGAAAUUCAGGAGGUUGCUGCUACAAAAACCACAAAAGAGCAAGCUAGUAUACCUAGCAAGAACAGCAAAACAGAGAGCAGUAAAAAGGAAGCCAACUUAAAGGAAGUUUCUCAUAGAUCUUCACAAAGUUUAAAUAACGUACUGAAACCGUCUACUUUUACUUUACAGGAGAACCACAAACGUAUUGGUCUCUUAAGGAAACCGGAAAACGAUAAAGAUUUUUCUUUUACCAGCCACAGAAAUUUUAAUUCCGAUAAGGAAAAUCAAAAUUUAGAAUUACUAACAAAGCAGUUAAAUAAUCAAAAGAACAAUAAAAUAAAUGAUAAUAAUACAACACAAGUUAAAGAUGUGCAGUCUGAUGAACUACAAUUAGAUAAGGUAAAAGAAGAUAAAGAAACUCAGGCUAAUGCAAAUGAUAUAGCAAAAUAUGAGGACAUUUCCGAUUUAGAAAUGCCUGCAAACAAUUUAAAAACCAACAAAACUGCAGAAGCUAUACAAGAAACUACUUUAAACCAGGAAAUUCCUCAUAAGGAAGAAGCUAAACCACAUGACCUACCUUAUUGGCUAAGACCCUCAGCAGCCCAAGUUUAUCCUUAUAAUUUUAUCAUGGCGGUUAGGCGAAAAUUGGAGGCAAUAGCUCAGCCUAUGGGGUCACGUAAACCAGAAGCUGUUACCAAACAGAAUCAAGAAACAUCAACCACUGGUUUGAGUAGCAAGUUAAAGCAAAAAAAGAGAAAAUCUUUAGAAUUGUUGGAGGAAAAGCAAAGUAAAAAACUUAAAAGAAAGGAGGAGGAAGAACUAACACAUUCCAGAGAAAAUAUUGUCGAAAGAAGUCUAAAGGAAUUGAAUGUUAUGAAGGAAACAACAAUCAAACAGUUAAAACCUUUGCCACCAAGCAAACAAAUCGAAAAAAAUGAAAGCAAGGCAGAUAAACAAGAGAUUCAAUUAGAAGACACUGCAAAAUCUAUGUCACAAUUUAAAUAUCUACAAAAAUCUAUACAAUCUAUGGAUUUGCAAGAUGUUAAACACAUUAAUAAAUCUAAAUCCUAUUGGCAAACUCCAGAUAUACCACCAUUUAAGCAUUUACAAAAAUCCUUACAAAGUUUGAGUCCAGACCAAGAGGACUUUAAACAAACUUCACGCCAAUUCAAACUACCCUCGAAUUAUAAAUCUAUGGAAAGUUUAAAUUCUGAAAUCAACUCAAAUUUGUCCUCGAUUUCUUUACAAUUGCCCAUAUCGAAUACUUUAACUGAAGUCUCUUCUUUGAGGACAGAAUCUAGAAGAACCUUUGCUCACUCCAAACAGCCACAAACACAGUCAGAAGAUGAGGUUACUUCCUUGUCUUCACACAUUUUCAGCAGUCCUGAAAAGAAACUAAGUAAAGCAGCAAAAGAUUUUGAAUUUGUCAAACCUCGCCCGGUAAGCCCUCUUUCAAUGGAAAAGGUUGAUAAAUUGAAAAUUAAAAGAAAGGAAACGGUUGAGGAAGCUGAAAGCGAUGAUAGAGAAAUGAACUUUACACUAUUAUUAGAGGACUUUAAUCGUAGCCUAUCACAAGUUAUACAAGUAAAUGAACAGUUAAAAUGUACACUCGAUAAAUCUCAACAAAUUUUAAGUCCCCAUUCAUCCAAAAAAUCCAGCGAAACCGAUAAACAUUACUCCUCAGAUUUUGAGAAAUCAGCAACGAAAAUUCUUUCCUCAAUAGAAAGUGACAAACUAAAAGAAUCUCUACAGAAAAGCAAUGAAAGUUUAAAACAAAGAAAACGUCAACUAUUUGAAAUGGCCGAAAAAGUUAAGCCACUUUUAAUACCGCAAAAAUCUGCACAAAAUUCAGAUGAAAACAAAACAUUGGCUCCAGAAGAAAUUGAGCAACCAUUGCCGGAAUUAGAUUUAAAUCUAAAUCUAAAAUCCAUAACCAAUUCUCCACAAACUGAGGAAGAAGAUAAAACUCAACAAUCGGAGGUUGAAAAUGAAGAGCAAAGUUCAUCCUCAGUAGCAGAACAAUCAUAUGAAAAACGAUUGUACGAAAUAGAGCAACUAAAGCAGACUUUAAAACAAACCAUUGCGGAAUCUAAAGAAAAACGCAAAGAAAAGGAACGACACCGGGAAAGACGUAAUGAAGUACAAAACGAAAAACAAAGUGUGACAGAAUCCUUAAGGCAAAUUGAAGAAACUGAGACAAAUAAAUGCAUCAGCCAGAACUCAACUCAAAAUGGCAAUGAUUCCUCUGCAAUACUAAGCGAAAUUGAAACACAGUGUGAAGAAAACAAAAAUGAACAGAAACCUUCUUCAAGCUAUACAGAAACUUCAAAACAGUUUUACGAGAAAUACAAAUCCUUUGAAAAAUAUCAAAAGCAAUUUAAAAGUUCACUAAAGGAAACAAAUAGUGAAAAUCCGAAAACGUCUGAUUCUGAAAAUUGUUCGCUAUCACAUAACAACCAAUCGAAGCAAUUACAAGAGAACACAGAUGGAAAAAUAGCAACAUUAUAUCGCAAAAACGUUCAUGUAAUCACCAGUUCUAAUGAAAUGUUGCCUUUAAAAUCAAGUUCGGCACAAAAUUCUUUAAAAUCCCACAAUUUACGUCUCAGCGAACCUCCAGUAGAGAAAUCUAAAGACAUAUUGGAUUAUACAACUUUUAACAGCAACAACAGUUUAAAUAACAUUUCUAGCCAACUACAUACAAAAUCAGUUUCCAAUAAAUUUUCAGAAAAUAACCAUAAAAGCAUUAGUAACACACACAAUAAAAAUAAAAUAAACGAUAGCGAAACAGAUUCAUAUAGUGGCACACAAAGUGAUGUAGAUAGAACAGUCACCAGAUCUAAAUCGCUGUUAAAAACAAAUAAACCAGAGGCAACUAUAAGCUCCAGCAUAGCCGAAGAACUACAAAAUACUUAUGAAUCCGGCUCUCAUGACAACGAAAACAUACCUUUAAACAGCCGAGACAAAUUUGAUUCCACACAAUUUAUUAAAUCCCACAUUAAUCGUUCACGUGGAGAUUUCCAGGAAAAUAUAUCCAAGGAAAGCGUCUUCAAUGAAACACAAUUUCAGCAGGCCAUUAAGGCGGCAUCACAAAUUAGUUCUACCGAUUUUGCCCAAAGUGCUGAUGAUGAAAUUACAAGUAGUGUUGCUUCAAAAGCCUAUCAUAAAGUGGCCUCAAAUUCUGCCAGUUAUAAUAAAGGGGCAAUUUCUAAACAACCGCUUAUACAUUCUUCACCUUCAAAAGCCAACAGACGUAUUUCGAUUGGUAGUGAAAUAGUCAAGUUUUUCACUCAAUACGAUUGUGAAAGAACUGACAGACGUACAGCUGCCAAUGAUAGCAUGUCAGAGUCUUCAUUGAACUAUUCGAAUGUGGGUCUGUACGACAAAUUAAUACAAAACGAAACCAACAAGUCACAACAUUUGACGGCACUUUUGAAAAUGCGAGAAAAAGCAUUGCUGGAUCGUACUAAAGGUCAAAUUGCCUGGCUAGAAGUGCAGAAGGCACGUUAUAAAGCCAAAGGUUUUAUAAAUCAUAUAGCCGCCAUUAAGAAGAAACAACGUGGCAUAAUUAUGAAAAUGGAAAAGGAACGAGAAGAGAUUAAAAGAUUAUUAUACACUACGACAACAAACAAUAAAGCAGCUGCAACAGUAACUGCAGCAAAUGAUCUACCAACUGGAGGCCAUAAAACAAAUAGUCUACACAAUACGCCAACAAAACAUAAAAAGCAAAGAUUGUCCUCAACUGGACCUCCACUACUGACAAAGCCGAAAUCUUUAGGCCCACAAACGAUUAAAACCGAAAAUGCUCUUAGUGCUACGCCCAUAUUGAGAGCCACUUAUGAGUUGGAAUCUUCUCAGGCUCUAGAAGAGCUCUUAAAGAAGCGCGAAGACGACCUGAGAAAACGUCGAGAACACGUGGAGCGUCUAAUGCAAUGGCAUCAACGUCUGGACGAAGAAGAAGCUGAGGUCCUGAAUUUGGAACGUCAACUCUUAAGUUACAAUAAUGUUCCACAUAUGGUGGAACAACAACAGCCAAAAUUGCAAACUACUACAAGUUCAGCGACUACGGAAAAGUUGACACCCACACAACCAGCCACAAGUCCAACUGCGCACGAUCAAGCCGCCAGCUCAGCUAUUAAAACGCCAGAGAAGAAGCGCGCCUCACGUGCGCGUAAAAUGGAAAAACGUCUUAAGGAAAUCGACAAGAGCUUAAGAGAAUUAUCGCACAUAUCCGCAUCUAGUACAACGUCUGGUGUUAUGGGCCAAACUAAUAACGAGAAUGAAGAUACAGUAUCAAGUGUUGCCACGCAAGAAGUCGAUUUUGUACGCACCACUGGCAUGAAACUAAAUAAGCUAUGGAAACGUUUAACGUCACAGCAACUAGAGAAAUUUGAACCAAGUCGUCGUUACAAAUUGUGCAAAAGUGAUUUGGAACGUCUGUAUGAAGAGGCCAAAAUGGCGGUUUUAAGAGACUUUGCCGAAGAUGAGGAACGUAUUGCUCAAGAGCUUUUAGAAAAGAGUGCUUCCAAUUUGAGUUCUAGUGCAAGUCCCACGGCUCCAGUACAAUUAUCAGUAACAGAUGAGAACAGCAGAGCUAUAGAAGUACCUGUGUUAAAUUUGAAUUUUAGUUCAGGACACUCUGAACCUGAAGAGGAGUCUGCUAAUAACUCCCAAGCCAAUGCAACGCAACAAGGUAAUUAUAGUCCCAGUGUGGCGGAGCAAAAUUUCAAAGCUCAAGUCCUAUUAAAUUCGAGUGCAUCAUCAGAAACAACUUCGGAACAACCAACUCCUGAAGAUGUUAAAACGUCUAGCCGUCUGGAAAACAAUGUACAAAUGUUUUUAGCUCUAAGCCAACGUAUACGAACGUCGUCGGGCGGCAGACACUUGGCGUCCGGAGGAGGUCUGCAGCGCAGUUUAAGUGAUACUGAAAUUUCCGAGGUACCAAAGUUUAAGGCAGAUAAAACAACAACUAGUCAAAAGAAUAUAGCAACUAUAGCUAGUCAAUCAAAUUCGAGUAUAACCACUAAUGAUUCAGCACGAUCUUUUGACGCGUCCGAACAGCACCAAAGAUCAAAAUCUUCCAUAGUGGAAAUAUCAUACAUUCCUUCAACAGAAACGCAAACGGAUCACACAGACUUAAGACAAACAAAUCCCAUCCCUCAAACAGCUAAUCAUCGAGAAAUCAAACAAAACGAAACUCCAAAAGACUUACAACAGGUUACUGAACCCACACGAACCUCUGUUAUAUGUUCUGUAGGUAUAGUAACAUCCCAGCAAACUUCUUCUGAUAUCGCCACAAUUACAGAAGAUUCAAAAUCUUCGCCAACAUUAAAAACUAAGUCGAUAACAAAAGACUCGACGGCCUCGUCAUUUCCCUCAAAGCAGACAUCAACAUUUUCCGCACAAGUUGGCUCUGAUUCGGCGACAAAAGCCAAAGAAAUUUCAUCUAAAUUGGAAGAAAUAUCUGCUGCAGUAACACAACUUUCACAAAUGAAUGCUCUACCCUCCUAUGAAUCCGUCACGCAUUCUCAUUCGCAAAACAAAUCCAUAGAUGAAGCCAUAGUAAAUACAAAUGAUGAAUCUAACUUGAGUACAGAUGCCUCCUCAUAUUCCUUUAACUUUGAAAACAUUACCACUGAUAAGCAUUCCUCACCCGGAACAUCAACACUUCAUACAAAUUCAUUGCAGCAUAAAACUAUAACCUCCAAAACCUAUACGAAAGAGGAUGACAGAGAAAACAACGAGACCAAAGAAUCCUCUUCAACUACACCUUUGUACUCACAUUCAGGCCCUUCAACCUCCCUGAAUUCGACAAAUUCAAAAACAUUUGUAAACGACAAUGCCAAUACGUCGUCUACACAAAAUAAAACGCCAUCAAUGUCGGAAAAUCGUAUUUUAGAUACAUAUGAAGCUGAUUUUGAAUCGGAUUUAAGUAAUGUUACUCAUAUUGAGGACAUAACUAUACCGACUUUUGAAACUACAGCUGACACUAUAGAUGAUGAGAACGAUGAGGUAUCAUCAAAGUCCACAUCUAAAGAAGAUGAUAUUGAUGUAAGCGCCGAAGCUACAGAUAAAACUUAUAAUACCGAAGACAUGAAGGCUUCAUCAUCAACGAACAUAACAAAAUCCUUAACAACGACGAGUGUAAAACCUCAAAAACCUAGUCCAGAUAGAGAAUUACUACCACCACCUCCACCCUUGCCACCACCACCACCUCCUCCUCCAUCAUCUGCAGCAACAUCGGCAACAACAUCUACUCAGAAUGGCAGUAAUCAUCUUAUGCCCGAUAUAAUUAAUGAAUUGGAAUUAAGACGCCAUCAACUUAUUUUGGAUAAUGAGCAUUUAAAACAAUAUGAACAUGUUACAGCUGUGCCGUAUAUGUAUGUACGUGAGAUACCCAACAAACCACCUCCUCCUUACGUACCACCUGCCCAUGGUAGUCCUAUGACAACAAUUUUCCCUUCCGAAGAACGUAUAAAGGACAUUACCUUUCGAAGAACCCAUGAAUUGUACUGUGAACUUUUAAAGACUGAAUAUUCCAAUGAAGAUGGCGAAAAACUUCCCUCUGUCAUGGAUGAACAAAUCACCAACAUCUAUGAACGUAUUAUUCUACAUAUCUGUCGGGAAUAUCUCGAAGAACAUGGUGAAAUCUUACGAGAUGGAGAUCCAACAAAUUUCCACAGCCAAUUGGCCUUUUUCAAUCCACCCAAUCGUUUGCGUUGCAUACAAGAUGCCAUCUACAAGGAGGUACGUUCUUGUUUGGCCAUGGAUAAAAUCCAACCGAAACGUACACAAAUCUAUUCGGUAUAUGGUCAACGUGCCAAACAAGAUCACAUCGGUAAAAUAAUCAUACAGGAGAUGUAUGAUGAAGAUGAUCGUUGGUGUAAUUUUCAUCGCGAAGAAUCGGAAGUUUUGCAUUUAAUGGUCGAGGAAAUGAUAAAUAAAAAUAUUGUAGCAAUAGCCAAAGAAGUGUUACUGGAAGAAGGUGGCACAAUUGAUGCAGAGGAGGAGCAGGAUGAAACCAUAGAAGAGGAAAAUGAAGUCAAUCAUCAAGUAGAGGACGCAUCAUCGCAUAUUGAGGAAAGUGAAACUGAGGGAAAAACAGAAGAGUUGACAGAGUUACAGUCAUCAUCAGUAUUGGUGGAAACAUUCAAUGAAGACGAUCAAACAUAUUGCGUAAAUGAAACAAAACAGGAGUAUACAGUAUUGAAUCAAACUACAAGAAUUGAAACUGAUUCCCAAGAAAGUGUUAUUGUAAAUAACGCCACCGCAAAUGCCGUUCAAACGUGUACAUAAUUUUUUCAUAUUUAUAGUAAAAUCUUUAUUUGAUUUGAAUGUAUCUAAACUAGGCUUGAAGACAAAUUAUUGUCUAUGAAUUUAAAAUGCCAUUUUUAUGUUUUUUUCUUUUCAUUUUUGAAAUAAUUUAAAAACAUGUACUUAAUUUUAGUUUUGUUUUGUUUUAUUAUCCUUAAAUUAAACAGGUUUUCACAACAUUAAAUACGAUUUUUAAAUUUGUUGUUACCCAUUGGGCUUGAGAGUUUUAUUUUUAAUAAAUAUUCAAACCAUAUUUGAGCAAACUAACAAAUAAAAAAUCUUAUUUAAGUUUUUGAAUAACCAUAAUAUGUAUUAAUGUUUGUCUGUACUUAUAGAUUUUAAUUAUACAUAUUUACAUGCAUACAUAAUUCUCUUAGUUUCUUUUAUUAAUAAAAUUGCUAAUAACAAUUUUAUUCGAUUUCGUACAAAUAUUUUUUAAAUAAAUUAAUUUUUAAUUUAGUUACGAUAUUUAUACCUUACAUACAUAUAUUAUUUGGUUUUUUUCUUUUAGUUUAAGAAAAAAAAAACAUGUUAAUUUUGUCUUUUGUAUCUCUUGAUAAGUUUUAAAAUAACGAACAAAUAGCAUGUAUUUAAUUUUAGUUACAACCUUUUAUUAAAUUGCUAUACGAAACGAAGAAGGCGUUAAUUUUAUUUUUAAUUAAUAAAAACAACAAGAAAUUUUAUAUUUUUAAA